UUUACAGCUGAGUGCUGACUGCUGACUGUUCACCGUAGCCAGUAGCUAGUAUUAGUAUGUAUUGCUGUUGUUGUUCGUGCAACUUGAAUCUGCGUUGAUUGGAGAAAGAUAUUUGUUUAUGUGACGUGCGAAACACUAACAGUGAAACAAUGGAAUUGUUAGAUUAUGAAAAUAUAAAAAAGACAUGCAGGUUAUGCUUGAAAUCUGAUGGAAUUAAGUUGCCGAUUUUUGGAGAAGUGGGCAUGCAGCGAAAUGUGGUUCACAAAAUUAACAUAUGCUUUGCAAUGGUGGUUUAUGAGACAGAUCCUUUGUCCAAACUUAUUUGUCACAGAUGUCUAUACAAGCUCGAACAAAGCUAUGAAUUCCGUUGUGACGUGUUCAAUGCAUUUCAACAGUUGAAGAAGGCUAUGAACCAGAAGAGGAGUGACCCAGUAAUAGAUAAAUAUCUGUCUAUAGUUGAAGAUGAAGUAAUUGUAAUUGGUGGGAAAGAAACAUGUCAUCCUGACAAGAAACACGGAUCUGAAUCGAUGGACAAUCCUGUGCAGUCGUAUGGUGGGUGCAUUACAUUAUCAGGACAUUGGCCAGGAGACCAAAAUGAGCAGAUGGAGAUUGUCAAGCAUACACCAUUUGAUGAAACACAUGCUGUGGAUGUUCAUGAUGUUGCACCAGAUGUAAAGGCAAGAAAUAGCAGUAGUGAAGGAGAUAAUAUAUUCAGACAUGGUGAAAAUGAAAUAACUUGCAUAAGUAGUGAACUAAACAAUCAGGCAUGUAGUGACAACAGAAUAGAAGCUGACAAACAGGAAGUAGUGCAGAAUGGGCUUGUUGGGCCACAAAAUACGUUGAAGACUCUCGCCCAACCACAGCCAGAUGGCAAGUCUGGGAAGAGACAAAAACAUGAUGGAUUGAUGAAAACAAGAGCAGCACCUUUAGCAGGAAAUUUAGACUUACAGUGGUGCAACUUUUGCCAGAAGUAUCUAAAAACUAAGAAAAUAUUUAGGCAGCACAAUGCCAUAGUCCACAAUAUGGUAAGGUCACCAACAUAUAAAUGCAAAUGCAAAAGGAAAUUUCAUUCACUGUUGGAAGUGCUUACACAUCAACAGACUCAUUUAAAAGUAAAAAUUAGCGUCACAGAAGAUAUGUUGCUGAAAUGUAAUUUAUGUGACAAGAAAUUCGCCGAUAAUUCAAUUUUAAAAUUACAUUUAACCACACACAGUGAAAAAUUUAACAAGAAAUCUUCAUUCAAAUCCUAUACUGAUAAAUUAGAUAUUAUAAAACAGUUCAAAAUAGGACAAAAAGAGAAGAGCAUUACUAAUCUGACUACUUCGCCACCUGAGCUAUUUGUUUGUGAUCAUUGCCGGCAAAUCUUUGAAACUGCUUCAUCCCUUUCACUGCAUUUAAAUUCCAAGUGUUGUUUCAUUUUGUGUGAUUGUGUUUCUGGUGAGAACAGUUCCAAAAAUAACAGAGUUAAUCAAAUAAAAGAAAUUAUGCAGUCAACUAUAGAAAAUGUUUCAUUGGACAAUACAGAGAUGUCUUCUAAAGUCUCGUACAAUAUGGAUAGUCCAUUAGACAACACAGCAUCUGCAACAUCCCUGGAAACUUCAACUGUUCAUAGUAGUACUCAUCCCUCAGAUAACACAGUAACUGAAAUAAAUGAGAAAGCUUCAGCAGAUCAUAAUAACUCAUUAUGUGCAUCCCAGGUUAACCAGUGUACACUUUGUGCUAAGGUGUAUAGCUCUAAAAAAUUGCUGAAAAAACACCAGAAAAUUCACAUUGCAGCAGAAGCAACAGAUUUGUCCUGCACUUUUUGCAAUAGAAAAUUCGUGAAUCGUGCAGGUUUAAUAUCUCAUCUUCAUACACAUUCAGGUGAUGAAUCUUAUCACUGUAAAUAUUGCACCAAAAUAUACUCAAACAAGCAAGUAUUUCUCAGCCACAAGUGCCUCAAUAACAAAGUAUACCCAUUUUGUGAUGUACAGUUGUCUCAGUAUGCAAUAGAAUACACACCCCAGCCACAUCGAAACAAUGAAGGAUAUGUAAAUUUACUACAUGAAAAUGAUCUUCGAAAAGCAAAACAAAUAAACGCACCUAGCAGCAGCCUGGGACAGUCAGAGGAGACAGAGACAGACUACGCUCAUUGUGCACAAUUUCCAAACAGAAAUAAGAAUUAUAAUCGAAAUAACAAUCGUAAACGCUUAAAGAAAAAUACUAGUGAACACAGUCGUGCAUCCAACAUUAGCAGAAACGAGAAUUGCAUGAAAUGUCCUUUCUGUCACCAUUUAGUAAACCCAGAAUCUAUGUAUCGACACAUUUAUGAAAAUCAUCCUGAUUCAAAUAACAUCACGUAAUAAAACAAUUUUACAUUUCUUAAACAAAACAUGCAGAUUUUGUAAGAGGGAUUAAAUCUGUGGCAAAACAGAUGAAUCACUCAUGAACACAAGAUCAACUGAUCAGUGUUCUCAAUGUUUGCCACCUUAAGAAUGUGUACAUUAUAUUGAACUUCCAAAUUUUGAUAAAAUUUAAGUUAAUAUGUACAUCAACUUCAUGCAAAUGAUUUCAUCUAUUAAUUAAUGCAACAUUUUUGAGAAUGAAUAUAAAAUCAUAGAAAAUGCAGUCUACAUUAAAAUUAGUCGUACAGCAACAAUAUUUUAUAAAUUAUAGUAUAAUUUUAUUUAAGCAUUUAUCCUCCAAAUAACAAUUGCUACAUAGACAUAUUAUGUAUGUUACGUGAUUUGAAACAUACGUAAUUUUAGGGUGUUAUUAAUAUGCAAAUAAUGCAGUGGAACAUA